GAGCGCGAGGGGGAUGUGGUGCUGCCGGAGCCGCCACUGCAGCUGCUGCUGCCUGCUCGUUGCCGCGUCUUCCCGGAGGCGACUGCUGGAAGCUUCAGGGAGCAGCUGCGGGGCUCUGCCAUAUUGUGUCUUCCCUGGCCCGUCCCUUGCCUCCCGGCCGGUCGGCCGAGCUGACGGUGAGUCCCGAGCGGAGCCAUUCCCUCCUGGGUCGGCGCCGCCCCGGAUCGGCGCUCCCCGCCUCAGCCCGCGGCGCAGCUCCCGGGCGCGGAGGCAGCGCAAGCGACCCGCGCCAGGCGUGGGGCGCGGAGGCGGCUGUCCCGUGACGCGCCCGGACAUUUUUGUCCCAUGAGGAAUUUGCGCCGGCGCGGGGUUGUCCCCGGCGCGCGUAUCGGGUGGUGUGUGGGCUCCGGGGGAUGUCGAACUGAGGGGAGUGUGGCUUGUGAGGAGUUAGGAGUUUUUCCUGAGAGGUAAUGACCUCCCGGGAGGGGCUGUCGCGCGGCGGAAACCGCGGCGAAGGGUGUCGUCUCUCCGGGAAGGGGUGGAGGGGGCCCCGAGGACCCUCAGAGCUCGGCUUGGGACUGGAAUCUGCGGUUAGGAAAGUACCCGAAGCACCUCGGAGCCUUUGCAACGCCCCCUCUCCUGGCUUGAAGUGGAGCGAGACCUGCCGGGCUCGGAGUCCUCGUUCGGCCCCUGUUGGGACUGGGUGGGCCCCGCCAAGUAGUGCCCGGGGAGGUGCCGGAGGCGGCCAGGCGUUGUGGUGGGCAGAGGCGGGUUCUGGGUGUGUGUGUGGAGUGGGGCGACCCCAGCACCCUCUUGCCCCUCCACCGCCUCUUGGGGGCCUCCGAGGGUGGCUGUCUUGGGAAGGAGCUAAUGUUUCAGUGCUGCAAUAUGGACACUUCCUGAUCGCCGCCUCCUUUGGGGCCGUGGUUACCUUUGCCUUUCAGUCCUCUCUUUCCUGGCAAGGUGAGAGGUCAGCGGUGGGAGAGGCCCUUCAGCCUUCCGAGUUUGCCCCACUGCAGCAGCAGCCUGUAUGGAACCCGGCAGGACGGUGGUAGUUAGGGGAAAGCAGCCCAGGUCCAUGUGUUCCGUACUCCAUCCUCCACUCCUCCUUAACUCCACCCCCUUUUGCACCUUUGCAAAAUGCCUGUGUUCCCACCGCAGCUCUCGGGAGUUGGGGUGUCUGCUUCGCUGAGGAGCCAGAAGCAGCCACACUCUCGCAGUGUUCUUGCACUGGAUUUCUGCUUUAAAGUCUCCUUACAGCAGUCUCUGAACUUCAUUUUCUUCCUACUGGGAAAAGAGUUUUAGCUGCAAAGAAAUGACACAGACUUUCUUCCACCCCAACUCCUAGGUGAGGGGAGGAGGGCGGUUAAGUAUUUCCAGUUGGUUGAAUCCAUGGAUACAGAACCCACAGAUGCAGAGGGCUGACUAUACAAGUCUGUCAGAAAACCAAAGUGCUGGUUGGCUAAUAAUUGGUCACUGUAUGACUUAGAGUACAGGUGAUAUUACUUCUGAUUCUAGAUGAACUAUAAGAGUAAAUGGGUCCAGUAAUUGGAAUGACUCCAGAUAAGAGAGCUGAAACCCCAGGAGCUGAAAAGAUUGCAGGAUUAAGCCAGAUUUACAAAAUGGGAAGCUUGCCUGAAGCUGUUGAUGCUGCCAGGCCAAAGGCCACUCUAGUGGACAGUGAGUCAGCAGAUGAUGAGCUCACAAACUUGAACUGGCUUCAUGAAAGUACUAAUCUUCUAACAAACUUCAGCCUCGGAAGUGAGGGUCUUCCAAUUGUUAGUCCAUUGUAUGACAUAGAGGGAGAUGAUGUGCCAUCCUUUGGACCAGCUUGCUACCAGAACGCAGAAAAAAAAUCAGCAACUUCAAAGCCCCCAUACUCCUUUAGUCUUCUCAUUUAUAUGGCUAUUGAGCACUCUCCAAAUAAAUGUUUGCCUGUCAAAGAAAUUUAUAGCUGGAUUCUGGACCAUUUUCCAUAUUUUGCUACUGCACCAACAGGCUGGAAGAAUUCUGUUCGACAUAAUCUGUCCCUGAAUAAAUGUUUUCAGAAAGUGGAAAGAAGCCAUGGCAAGGUUAAUGGAAAAGGGUCCUUAUGGUGUGUUGAUCCGGAAUAUAAACCCAAUCUUAUCCAGGCACUGAAGAAGCAACCUUUUUCUUCAGCAUCUUCGCAAAAUGGUUCUUUAUCACCUCACUAUUUAAGCUCUGUACUCAAGCAGAACCAGAUGCGAACCCUCAGAGAAUCUGAUAUCGAUGCUGCUGCUGCAAUGAUGCUUUUAAAUACUUCUAUAGAACAAGGAAUUUUAGAAUGUGAGAAACCUCUUCCUCUUAAAACAGCAUUACAAAAAAAGAGGAGUUACGGCAAUGCAUUUCAUCAUCCCAGUGCUGUACGAUUACAAGAGAGUGAUUCUUUAGCCACCAGCAUUGAUCCAAAAGAAGAUCACAAUUACAGUGCAAGUAGCAUGGCAGCACAGCGUUGUGCAUCCAGGUCUAGUGUGUCUUCCCUGUCUUCUGUGGAUGAGGUAUAUGAAUUUAUCCCAAAGAAUAGCCAUGUGGGAAGUGAUGGCAGUGAAGGAUUUCACAGUGAAGAAGAUACAGAUGUUGAUUAUGAAGAUGAUCCUCUUGGAGACAGUGGCUAUGCAUCGCAGCCUUGUGCAAAAAUCUCUGAAAAAGGUCAGUCAGGCAAAAAGAUGCGAAAACAGACAUGUCAAGAAAUUGAUGAGGAGCUCAAAGAAGCAGCUGGAUCUCUGCUCCACCUUGCUGGAAUUCGUACAUGUUUAGGUUCCCUAAUAAGUACUGCAAAGACACAAAAUCAAAAGCAACGGAAAAAAUAGAAAUACUUAAGUGUGGCAAUACUCUUUCACUUAAUUCUUUACAAGGGAUAUCAAAGCCAUAAUGGACUUCAUUAGUUUUAGGGUAGGGAAGGGAUGCGAAUUACUUAUUUCUUUCAAAACAUUUUUGGUUUUUGGUUUUUAAAAUUUUUAUUAAACAAUUGCUGUUAGGAUCAUGCCUGAUCAGAAAUAUAUGAUGUGAAGUCCUGAAAGCAUAAUUUUUGUGAUAAGUGUCUCCAAGAUUUGGAAAUUUUUGUAUAAGAAAAUCCCCAGCCUCUAUCUUAAACUUGUGGGACAAAAAUCCUUUCUUCUGUUAAUAUGUCAGAAUGUAAGAUUUGGCAACUCUAUACAUUUUUUUCAUUUUCUUUUCCAAUCUGUAACUAUAGUUACUGAACCAGCUAAAAAUUUUGCUAAUGUAUUUUUCAUAUACUUCUCUCCUGACACACAAUCCGGUAACAUAAGAUUGAAAUUUUUUAACUUUGUUUUAAUUUGUUUUUAAUUUUUUUGUUGUUGUGGUGUGGGCAAAGACAAACAUAAAUUGAAAAACAUCCUGAUGUUUAGAAAAAGUUUCUUUUGGUUACAUAGGUAGAGAAUGCAACAAAGAGUUCUAAGGUUUAGAAAAGACAAUUUUGUGGUGUUAUUUCAUCCAAGAACACUCCCAAUUCCUAUUACAAUGGUAGCUUUGAAGUGUUUUUACUUCACAGAUACUGCAUAGCAUUUAUUGGGGCCUUUUAUUCUUACCCAAAGUGCUUUGCAAACAUUAAGUUUUAGCCACUAGCUGCCUUUGUUGAGUAUAAGUUAUCCAGUGAGAGGUAUAGCCAAUUAAGUGUGUUAUGGAGUACACCCAUUUUGACACACUUGUAAUAAGAGAAUCUUUCAUUUGCCUGCCACAUGUACUGCAUUCUGAGAAUCUUGUAAUAGGAAUGGAGUGUAAUGAAACAUUCUGAGUACUAAUUGCAUAUGUAUCAUAAAGUAGGUCAUUUAGGAAAAAACUUCUGUCCAAGCUUUGUAUGAAUUAAAUUUAUAAGUAUAACAAAUUAAAUCUUAACAGAUUUAAUGCAAUUUUACAAACAAAAUUACCUUCACGAAUUUCAAAAUUCAUAUAAAAUUAGAUCUUAUGCAAUACACCCUUUUGAGGAGGCAGUGUAAUAACCUAGAGUGCCAUUGAUCCAUGAGAAAAAGAUUUUCUGGUACUACUCCAAAAGUGCUUUGAGUAUCUUAUUUGAACAGUCUGCUUAUAUGAGACAGUUUUUCAUAGUAUCAUUUGUAUAAUUUGAUUAGAUUAUUCAGAAACAACAGGAUGCUAAACUACACUUAAUCAUUGUAUCUUUUUUUUUUGUUUUUGUUUUUUACAAUGAUGGAAGCAACUUUCCAGAAGUUCAGUCUUAUGCUACAUCCUAAGUCAUAGACAAUGACCUUGUUUUCAUCAUUCUGAUAGAUUGUAUACAUAUGUACACAUACAUAUACACACAUGCACAGUCAAGGUCAUGAUGUUGAUUUGCUGUUUUCAGCUGUUUCUAUGAUUAUAAAGCAUUUUUUAAGAGACAGAUAUUUUAACUUUUAAUUUUUAUUUUGGCAAAACUGUCAAAUGAGAAAAAUGAUUUUAAAAACUCUUUUUUUCAAUUGACAAGACUUUAAGUCAGGGAUAACAGUAUUAAUGUUCUCUGUUCCAUUUCCAUGUUUAAUUUAACCUGGAUAGCCACAUUAAUGAAUUGGUGCUAUCAAAAUGUAGUAAUUUUUAAAUUUGUUAAUAAUGAAAAAUAACCCUUAAGCAUGCAGGAUGAGGUAUUUGGGUUUUUUCUUCGUAUCGAUCACAUCUACAGAAAAUGGCUAAACCAAGUUAACUUUUAUUAUAGACAGUGAAUAAAACACCAAAAACCCAAAAAUGCUUUAACCACAGUGUAAAUAAUAAAGAGAUUACACACAUCAUUUUAAUAACUAUUUUUAAGUUUUUACCAUAGCCUUCUGGAUAGACCUUAGGAACAGUGUUUCAGUGAUCUGGCACCAAUUUAUUUUGUUCUGCUGAAAUUCUGUAUCACAAAUGUGCUACCUGGUUUCUGUCCAUGAGACAAUUACUCUUUCUUUAUACGAAAAGGAAAGUCAUCUAAGAGAAGCAGAGUUAGUUCCAGCUCUAAUAGGGAUCUUCAGUUAUUUUGUCUUGAUGUAUGUAACAGUAAUUCUUUAUAUCUUUUGAUUUUUCUCUUCUUUUUAAUUCACUCUUCCCACGAAUUUACAUGUUUAAGUUAUAUUCAUCACUAGCAAGGACGAUAAACACUUCUGCACUGAAAGCUAACAGGGAGAGAUUACACAAUAUUUUACAGUUUCUUAAACUUAAUUUAGUGCAUCACCUUCCACUUGCUAACAUACCAAGCCAGCUAUUUUCCAGGGGAAGCACCUUUUAAAUUAUGGUCCUCCAGUUACUACUUCCAUUGAGAACAUGCUCUCAUUCCUCAGGUGUUUUGAGAAACAUGACUAGUAACCAUAUAAUUAAGUAGAAUCAUUCCAAGUUCUAUGGCCUGGAAAUUGUAUUCCCGAUAAUAUACAAGUUUUCCUAUAAUAAAGUCAAUUUAGAAACUCCAAGGUGAUUACAUGUUUUCCAACAUAUCCUAAAACUGUGAUAUAAGCUAACAUAUAUUUUGCCUUGCGUCAAAAGAAUGUUUUGUUGCAGCUGAUUCCAGUUUAUAAUAGAUCCCUAGUAAAAAGCUUUGAUUCAGCACGAUUGUUCAUCUUCACAUCCCAAACAGAAGCAGUGUUUCUUGAAUAUAUAUUUUUGAAGUUUUUUGUGCAAUAUAUUACUAAAUCAGUUAUUAUUUUACUUUUCAAAUUCAGAGAAAGAAAACAGAUUACCUGAAUUCAUGGAAAAGGUGGAUCACCUCCCUUUUUCCACCUUCAAAGCUUUUCCUGUCCUCAUAGCCAGCAUGACUUCUUUUAACUUGGAUUCCUUUGUAUAUAGUAAAGUUUAGUAUAUAUAUUUUUUCUUUUGCUACUUUCGGAGGCAUUAUGUAAAGGGCUCAUACUAGAUGUUCAGUUAAAUAUACUUUAGCACAAAGUCAAACUAAAGAAUGUGUUAAGGAGGGAAUGUAUGUGUCUUGGUAGACCAGGAGGCCUUUCCCAGCAAUUUAAGCAACAGAUGUGAAUACUUCACAAAGCUGUAAAGACCAUUGUCUUAAAUACUGCAACAACUUAACACCCUUUUGUGAAGAUCAUAGCAUUUAUCUAAGAAACUUUGAGGCUUUCUGGUUUACAUAUAUCUUACAGGUUUUUUUUUUUUUUUAGUUUGAAAUGUGUAAGCUUUGAUUUAAACCAAGUUUACUUCAGUAUGUUAAUGAUGUAGUAAAAAUAUUUAUUGAAAGGCGAAUUAGAGUAUUUUAAUGUUAUACCUGCCAUUUUUUUCUUAAAGCAUAUUCUUUGCAUCUAACUGCCAGUGCCAUUGUCAAAACUUAUUUUUUAAAUCGUUGUACAUUUCUUAUUAAACUAAGUGCUUAAUUUUAAAGUAUUAUGUUGCCAUCAUAUAGUGUAUACAAAUGUAUAAUUGCCAAUUGAUUAACUAUUAUUUAUUUUUAAAUGAAAGUGUAAGAAUGCUUUCUGAUUCAACAAAUUUGUUAUCAAACUGUUUCCUUAUCCUCUUUUCUGAUGUAGCAUAAAAAUUGUCCCAGUUUGAGUUAUAACUGCCAGUAGAUGACCAGUCACAAGUGAACCACUUUUCAGUUGCCAGUCUUUGCUCAUAUUAAAAACAACUUACAAAUGCUUAGUUUUUGUAUCUAAUCUCUGAUUAUUAAAAUGUUUAUAAAGUUUAUUUUUACCAAAGAGAUGCAAUUCAUUAUGACAAAGUAUUGCAUAAUAAAUUUGUUUUAUAACAUU